UUAAGAAGUAGUUUCGCGUUCCGUGAGACAAGUACAUAGUCGUUCUUGCAUCACGAAAAUUCACACGAAUUAAAACAUUGUGAAGCCAUCAUUUUAUUCCUCGGAAUAUAUACGUCACAGAGCUAAUGGGAUUGACAGACCCAAAGCCGAUUGGAAUUUUUUAGUAUCUUACUCGCAUUAUUUUUACUUUCCUUGUGACUGGUGUUAUCCAAAUAGAAGAUUGUUUGUGCGGAUUCUGUUAUGGUGUUUACUUUAAAUCUCUUUGCGAAUAGUACGAUAGCGGAGCUUCAAAACUGCCGAUUAUCGGUGAGUACUUAUUUUAUUCGGAGAACCAUUUGUUUUGAGUCGUAGUAGGGUUGUUAAGGAGCGAUAUGCCCGGUGUGACGAACGGAGAGAAAUGGACAAGUAGGGAUUCUCGCAUUAGUGACUUCGACGCCUAUUCUAGUGAAAUGACACCACAAAAGCGAUUCGACGGGAAGAGCAGUACUGGAUCUCAGUAUUCAAAUGGAUACAAUACAGAUCCCAGCAGCGACUCCAACGAGAACUACCCAACCUACUUGCUCGAACAUUUGGCAACAUUUUCUGUUGGAUCGCAGUACGGGAUUACUUCUCCAAAAGAUGGCCUUCGCCGUUUACUUCAGAUGGAGAAAUCCAGUGGCAUUUGGACCCAGAAAAUGCAAAUGAGGCUUGAGAAAAAAUGGGUAGUCAUUAUUGACAAUGAAAAUGGAGAUGUGGUUGAAAGAUUUCCUAUGAGCUUAAUUAGUGAACCAACAUCAUACACUAGCAACGAUCCCAGGGAACUCUAUAAUAAUAUUGUUGUAUUCAUCGUCAAAGACGAUCCCAGUAACAAAAAUCAUAAUCCUCCAGAAAUGCACAUUUUUCAGUGUGCUCGUGUAUCGGCUCAAGAAGUGGUUAAUGAAAUGAAGAUGUUUAUUAGUGGUAAAUGGAAACCAGGCCCAAAGGAGAAUGGUCGCCACCUACCUCCUCCACCCAUGAGUCCUCCUCCAGACCCACCUGUGAAUGGGGUAAAUGUGCGGGAGGCAGUGAGCCUCUUCAAUGCUGUAGCAGCAGCUGCUGCUUCCCCACCAAAAGGAGAUGGUAUGAUCCAGAGGGUUUCAUCUUCUGGUUACCACCACUCCAAAACAGAUAACAUGAAUCACAGAGUGGAAAGAGACAAUAGUUUUGGACGAGACUCCAAUGAUGAGACAAGCUCUACAAGCAGUGAAAAAUAUGAACGGGAUGUGGCCAUCUUGAAUCACUGCUUUGAUGAUAUUGAAAGAUUCAUUGCCAGGCUACAACAUGCAGCUGCUGCUUUUAAAGAGCUCGAGAGACGACAAAAAAGCCGAAAGAACAAAAAGAAAGACAUGGGAGAUGGUAUGCUGAGUAUCAGAGCCAAACCACCAUCUGAAAAAGAAUUUGUAGAUAUACUUCAAAAAUUCAAGCUAUCAUUUAACCUAUUGGCCAAACUGAAAAGCCACAUCCAUGACCCCAAUGCCCCUGAGUUGGUCCAUUUCUUGUUCACCCCACUGGCACUGAUUGUGGAUGCAGCCCGAGAUUCCAAUUACAGCUCAACCCUAGCCUCCCGAGUGGUGGCUCCCCUUCUUACAAGGGAUUCCAUUGAAUUGCUAAUGAACUGCUGCACUUCUAAGGAGAGUGACCUUUGGCAUAGUCUUGGAGAAAGCUGGGUGACUCCGAGGGAGCAUUGGGAAGGCUUUGAGGGCAGCUAUCAUCCUGUAUUUUCAGAUGGCUGGGCACCUGAGAAUCCCUUCUCUGAAGAAAAUCAUAAGCCUAAGAAAGACGAUGGUCAUCGAAGUCAUGAGGAGGCUGAAGCAAGACAUCAGGACUUUAGAGUAUCAUCUCGUCAAGAUCGCUAUGGUAAUGAUUUUUAUUACAAUGAACAAAAAGAAAGACCUGUUUCUCCAAUGCUGUCUUCAGAAUUGCCACAUUCUACCUUUGAGAGCAGGUACUAUGAUAAUGGACCUGCUGAAUUACCAAGGAGGCAUGUGUUUGAUAGGAAUGGUGCCGUUACUCCAGUCUCUGAUCGUGAACUUCAGGAUAGGGAUGUUCGGUCUGACUUCAGCGCAGAUUCUAUUGAUCAUGGGGUAACUUCUGAGCCCCAGCUUCAAUUCGAACGACACCAAAAGCAAUUUUUGGAAGAUCUGUUGGCUAAGGGAGCUCAUGUUGUUCAAGUGAUGUACCCAAGGACAGCCAACAAUGACAAAGAAUUGACAGUUUUAAGAGGAGAGUACUUGGAAGUACUUGAUGAUAGUCGCAAGUGGUGGAAGGCCAAGAACUCUCGUGGUCAGGUGGCUCAUGUCCCCCAUACAAUAGUCAGCAAGAUCAAUGAGGAAGAUUCUUUCCAUAAUCCUACCUAUGGCAGCCGAUCGGCUAUGUCCAAAGAUAGUUUUUAUUCACAUAGUGAAGCGAGUGUACCCAAGCCUGCAAGCGAGAAUGGGCAUAAAGAACCAAGUUCCCCACAUCGACCUGCCAUUCCCAUCAAUCCAGCUCCUGCCGAUUGGGUGAGGCGGGAACGCCAGGGAAAGAAAGGUGAAUUUAGAUACUUCUGAGACCCCAACUGCCUGUAGAGCUACAAUGGCUUUGUAGUGAUUAGAAAUGGACUUCCCAUUGCUAGACAUUUCCAAUUAGACUGGACACACAAAACCGUUUGAACUGAGACCACUAUGAUCUGCAAUAAACUUUUAGUUUGCUUGAAACCUCAUAAACAUCUUCCCCUGCUGAGUUUGUUUUAUUAAACUACAAAAAAAUUUAACGGGCCAUAUAAUGAGCAAAACUGAACAAGCUGGAUUCUCGAUCGAGUUAGUCGUUACCAUUUGGAUUGCUGAUGAAAACGUAACAUGUUUUGUACAUUACUUGAACAAAUUGAGUGCUUUUAUAGUUGAAUGAGUCAAAGCAGUUGACGCUAAAGCGAAAGUUUCCCAAUUCUAUUAUUUUAUAGAUGCAACUGGGAUUCUUUGUUUUAUGAAUAUAAAUAACUGUGUUUGGCCAAAAGGUUCAAUUUUUUUUUCUAAGUCGAACUACAGAUUUUGUACAUUCCAAGUGUUUUGUCAUUUUAAGAAAAGUGUAUCAAGUAGCUUUAAUCUCCUUUUGUUAUCUUUCGUAUUACUUGCCUCAUGACUUAGUUUAACAUUUCUUUGUUUUUAAUAUUAAAUUUUAAUUUAACAAAAUAAAAUUAUCUGAACUGUGCAUUAUGCUUCAUGCCACGUUAUAUUCUGCUAACAAGCGAUUUGACCGAGAAAUGAAUUUUACAAAUACUACAUUUUAAAAAUCUGGAAAUUUUAUAUUAAUAUCGUUUGGCAUUUCUGUUGCAUGAAUUAGUUCAGGUAUAAUUGUUAAACUAUCAAAAUAAUAAAGGCUUGAAUAGCAUUUUCCUAAUGCAUAGUUUGACAGAUAAUUGUGGCAUUCAUUUUGAAAUAUUUGAUAAACUUUCAAGUUGUAAUUCUACCUUUGUAUUGGACUAAGUUUAGCAUUUUGCUUGUUUAUUUUUUAUCCAUGUUUUUUACAAACAUCCCUUAGUUGCUUUUUUGUUUUCACUUCGACGAUGUUUUUUACAGGAAUUGAAAUAUUUUAAAUUGUUUUGAUAUUGCAGCAAUUUUUUUUUUUUAUCACCGAUAACAUUUAUAAAGCUCAAAUUCUAAGAUUUGAUAUUUAAAUAAGACAAUCAUUUGUGCAUAUAUAUUUGAUAUAUCUGCCUUGAUAAGAUAUGUAAUUUUAUACUUUAUUAAUUUUAAACUUUGAUGAGAAUUCUUUAGCUUACAUGAAAAGAAUCUAUUUUAAUUAGUGAAGUGUCUUUGUUUUACAAAAGGACUAAAGAACAAGCGUUGUUCACAAAUGUUAAUUUAAUAGAUAAAUUUAAUAUAUUGUUUGAUUUUAGACUUUGAAGUUAUCUUUGUUGUUUUGAUGCUUUAACAAGUUCUGUAGUUUAAAAAUAUGCUCAAAAUAUAUUUCUUUCCAUAUUAACAAGUAAUUUUUUUUUAUUCCUUGUGUUGAGGUGUGUGGUUUACUAACACUUUUGCUUAUCUUUAAAUGAACAUUGUAAAUGUGUUUUGUUUAUCUGUAUAUAUUAAUAUACAUUUUUGAAGCUUCAUGCUAUAUUUUGCUCUUGAAGUUUAAUAUCAUUAUAUAUGUCACUAAAAAAAAAAAAAGUAAUUCGUUUGUGUAAAUACAUAUAUUCUAUCAUGAAAUUUUAUAAAAAUUGGUAAUUUAAGUGCCUUGCACAUCAAUUUCUACUUAAAAAGAUAAGUUUGAAACGUGUUUUUGUAAAGCAUGAAUGUCCAUGUGUAUGUGUACAAUUCAAAAGAGCUACAGAAAUUUCUAUGUAUAUAUUAUAUGAUGUACUUUUUUACUCAGGAAAGAUAUUUUAAAGCUAUUUUAUCUAGAGAUAUCUAUUCUUAUUGUUGCUUUUUAUAUGUUUAUAAUAGCCUUCUGUGACAGAAUAAAACAAAAGUUUGAAUAAAUAAUGUGUGUUUACAA